GGCGAGAUGUCGGCGGUGGAGGAGGCUUUCCGCAAGUUUGCGACCUACGGAGACACGGCCGCCAGCGGCAGCGACAUGACGGGCAAAAACUUCUCCAAGAUGUGCAAGGAGUGCGGCGUCAUGGACGGCAAGGCCGUGACCAGCACCGACGUCGACAUCGUCUUCAACAAAGUCAAGACCAAGGGCGCCCGCACCAUCACCUUCGCCCAGUUCCAGCAGGCCAUGAAGGAGCUGUGCGGCAAGCGCUUCAAGGGCAAGGCGCCGGAGGAGGCGCUGCAGGCCGUCUACGGCCUCCUCGAGGGCAAGGAGCCGGGCAGCGUGGGCACCACGAAAGCCACCACGGCCGGGGCGGUGGAGCGGCUGACGGACACCAGCAAGUACACGGGCAGCCACAAGGAGCGCUUCGACGAGAGCGGCCGCGGCAAGGGCCUGGCGGGCCGCCAGGACCUGGCCGACACCAGCGGCUACGUGGGCGCCUACAAGGGCGCCGGCACCUACGACAAGACGCACUAG